CUCUAAUUAAAGGAAAACAAUAACAAAGGCUAUACAUUGACGAUUUGGUUUAUCAAUUAGAAAAGAAUAUAGCUCUUGACAACAAUGUCUUGGUUUAAUCUCUGGGACGGAUUAAAAACAAAGACGUGCAGGUACCUAUUGCAGAGGUAUUUGGGUCAGUUUUUUGAAAAUAAUCUUAACUUGGAACAACUAAAAGUGGAUCUAUACAAUGGAAAAGCAGUUGUGGAAAAUAUUUCACUGAAAGUAAAUGCAAUUAAUGAAUUGUUUGAAGAACAAGGCUGGGCUUUUGAAGUCAUUUCCGGACAUAUUGGAUGUUUAACUGCAAUGGUUCCAUGGAAUGCUCUGAUGACUACUGACAGUUCCCUUAAUAUAUCAGACUUAACUAUUACUCUAAGACCAGUCACGCGGUGUCAAAAUGGCACAACUAUGCUAGAAUCUAUGUGGUCUUCCGUGAGCAGUUCAAUGCAAAUGGCAGAGGAAUGCAUGAAGCAGAUUGAUGAUGACAUACCAUUUUUAAACCACAGCAACACAUUAAUUGGACUGGAAAAAUUUGCUGAAACCAUAGAUAAUGUUCUUAAUCGUAUACACGCCAACUUGACUAACACAACUUUGAAUAUUGAAUAUACUUUGCCAAAAUCUUCUAAAAAGCUUAUUAUAUCAUUUAAAGCUAAUCACGUAGAGUACAAAAAUCACACUGGGUAUGAAAAAUAUUCAAACUUAAUUAAAGAUCCAGGCAGUAACAACGAAAGUGAGGACCAACCUUCUAAUUUGACGUCAUUACCGAUGAUUGCUAAACAUCACCUCCUUACAAAUGAGUUAACUGUAUGGACUUCAGAAAUAAUUAACAGGGAUCGACAGAAUGUAGAGCUCGAGUGCCCCUGUCAAAUGUGCAAAAUUGUUGAAUUUAAAGGUUUUCAAAAUUUCAAAAUAAGCAUAAAACAAACGGAAAAUAUUGUUGGCCCGAAAGUUAACUUGGAAAUUAUAAUAGACGACAUCUACGUAAUGCUUACUCCACGUCAGAUCCAUCACUUAACUCGAAUUUCUAAAGAGUUCAAUAAAGAUCGUCCCAAAGACAAAAUGUUAAAACAAUAUAAGAACUUAAAAGCUGAAGAUUCCAAUAUAGUACCCCACCCCACAAAAAUGACUGGCAUUAUUCAAAAAGAUGCGGAGUGGGGUAUUGAAGGUGAUUACUCGCAAAAAACGGAAUACUUGCUCAACGAUUUUAAGAAAAGCAAAAAUUGCGAAUCUAUUUUGUCCGCAACAUCAUCAAAUAGUAUGGCGACGUCGUAUAGCAAUACUCAAAUUAAUAUCGGAAGCUCAGAAAAAUCUGGAGAGAUCUUAAAAUUCAAAAUACAAAUUUUCAAAAUUGUUGGUGUUAUCCUACAUAAUGACAUACUAUUAGAAAAUAAUAUCAUUAAUCUGGCCCCUAACAACGUAAUUACUGAGGAAAGCUUUUUGAACUAUUCCCAAAUUGCUGAUGAAUAUUUUUCAAGCGCACGCAAAGAAGAACACCGUGUAAACUGUUUUAUCCCAAUACAGAACCAUAACUAUCUUUUUUUAAUGGUAUCUUCCUUAUUGGUCAAUGGAAACCAGCAGAGAUAUUGUCAUGAGUUAACAUUAAAAACAACAUUAUCAGCAACUAUGUUUGACAUCAGCGAAAUCAUCGAUAAUGCAGAGAAUCCUCUAAUUUCGUUUGACAGGAAAAAGAAUUGCCACGAGGGAUAUCACACUCGACCAGAAGUUAUUCUAUCUCAUACAUCCUCUUGCUUUUUUAAACAAAAUUCCAACAGAAGCAGCAAUAGAGUUGAAUGUAUUCUUGAUGACUGUACUACCGAUUUAGACAUUUCACUUUAUGAUCGAUUGAGUGCUCUAUUUGGAAUAUCCCCAUUCGAUAAGGAGGGCGAUUCUUCAGAUAUAAUACUGGAAGCUUCAAAUCCAAUGGAUAUUCAAAUCAAAUGUAAUUUAUUAAAAUUACAUCUAAAAUUUCCAAUAGUAGAUGGAAGACUACCUCAGGACCCUAAAAAAAUUCCGUAUUGGAAGAAAAAUAUACGGAAUGAUUAUCUUUCAUUUGAUUUCCAAAAUAUAUUAUUUGAGUGGAAAUCUUUUAUCAGUGUCGCUGUGGAUCAACUUGAUGGAUAUUACUGUGAUGAAGCCAUUGGAAACUAUAUUCCUAUUAUAAAAUGUUCGAGUCGUAAUAGUUUGGAGAAUCAAGCGUCAGGAAAGGGGAUAAUUCAAGUAAAAGUUUACCACCAAGACGAAAAAAAAUCAUUCUUAGGAAACAACCCAAAAAAUAAACGAAAAUCACCAUUUAGCUCCAAGUGUUCUUAUGGAUAUUCAUCUAAUGUGGAGGGAUUAAACGAUAAUACAGAUAAAAAAGAAAUAUUUUUGCCUGGAGAUACCGAAGAAAUAAACGAAUUCUGCGAAAGCACCAAAAAUGCAUCUAGCUUGAUAAUUAAUGUGUUAAUUCCAAUAGCUAAAAUUGUUCUAGAGUCUAAGGAUCUGUAUGAAAUAAUUUAUAAUCGUUUGAAUGGAGAUUUAUUUAUGUGGGAACCACGAUCUCCCUUAUAUAAAAUCAUUGAAAACAAAAAUACAAUCCAAAAUAGUUUACGAAACAACGAAAGAGAUUUUCAAAAAUACAUAAACUCAAAACUUCUCGAUGUAAGUUUAUCAGAAGAAUCAAAUCCCAUUUAUCAUGAGAGCACCUCGUAUGACACCGCAGAAUUGAAUGAUGUUAACAAUAUGUUUUCUCUCGAGUUAUUUGUCGAAGAAGGAAAAUUAAUAAUGUAUACAGAAGUUCCAGAUUUUGAUCAAAAUAUUCAAUCAAGUUCAAGAGGAAAACUGCAAUUGAAUUUAAAAGAAUUCAGAUUAUUUUCAGUGACUGGAUUUAAUAAUGACAAAAAUCUGAAUUAUUUUUGUAUUCAGUUAAAUGAAACCGAUAUACUUCACUGUGGACAAAUGCUUGAAGAAUUGACAACCGCUUGGAGUGACGAUGUCGAUAAGAAUCUUAAACGUAUAAUUUUAAAAUUUUCAAACAAUGAAAGUGUGUCCAAUAAUCGCAAUGAAAUGCUGUCUAUUGUGGCUGAAUUGAAAAAACAACCAGAUAAACGUUUGAAGAGAAUAAAACUUGCGUUUGGAAUUAAUGGCGCUAUUUUAUUGCAUAGACCAGCAUACACAGCGCAUAAUUGGAUUUACCAGUUAAUAGAGUUCUUAAAUGUGGCAGAUUUUCCGAUUGAAGCAUAUGAGCCAUUCGCACUUGUGUCCGAAAUUCAGGGCCAUUUGUGGAAUUUAGCAAUUGAAUAUCGACCAAAAUAUUUUCCUUAUCGGGCAUUUGUCGACAUUGGAUAUUGCUCUCUAAGUAGUAACAUAAUAUAUCCAAUGACCGGGUGUACUUUACGAGUGCUGAUGGAGGAUUGCAUCUUUUCUUUAGGUCCAGUGGUAAAAUCUGAGGAAGACUUGAAUGAAGCAAUUAACUGGGAUGGUUUAGUACCAGUUUUAUAUGCUGGACUACUGAAUAUUUCUAUACGCCUUAAUGAUCAGUCCAAAAUUUAUCCUAAUAUUGACUUACGAUCUUCAAUUCAUGAUGUACAUUUAAAAACAUGUUAUGACUCUGCAGACGCAUUGGCUCAACUUAUUGCAUAUAUAGCUAACGAUAAGGAUUUAAUGACAAUGGAUAAAAAGAUUGAUCAGAAUCAGAGCGAUAGUAGCCAUAUAACGAAAUCUGAUCAUAAUAACGAUGAAACAAUGGAACACAUAAAUAAACUUAUGGCCGACGCUGUAAAAGAUGUUGAUGUAUUUCCUACAGCACAUACUUUAAACAAAACUAAAGAGACGAAGAAAUUGAUUCCCACUAAAACUUCUAGCUCACAAAGUACCUCCUGUUCAUGCUGCAACAGCGUGGAUGAAUGCAAUAUUUUAGAUGUUGAACCCAAUAAACUGCUAACAACUUGUUGUUACCGAGAAAAGUGGGAAAAUUCUUUACCACAAAUCGAAGCCGAACUUGGGGCGACAUCAAUAAAAUCUAUGCCGACAUUGGAAGAAAAAGAUUUCCACGUUAUUCAUGAUGAUGAAAUUUUUUUUAUGGAUAAGUUUGGAGUUGAUCAGGUAUUUGUGUCUGAAGACCCACUCCGAAUAGUUGACAAUCAUUUCUGCUUACCAAGUGAAAAAUCAGACGCUUUACGCCCUCCUGUAAAUUUUCCAAUAUCUGAAGAAAGCUAUACGUUGUGUGAAAUGACAUUUACUUGGCAUUUAUUUGGAGGAAAGGAUUUUCCAGAGAUUUGUGCUAAGCCUAAAACCAAAGGAAAAACAAGCUCUUCAGCAGGUACUGGAAUGUCAGAAACCUACAAGCAUGGUGUAUCACAAGCUCCAAAUGAAAGCCACAAACAAUUUAAGAAAGUCAUUCCUGAUGGAUCAAAAGUUUCACAGCGUAAUUCAGACGUACUUGUGGAAAUUCAAUUAACAAAAAUUCGAAUUUCCCAUGAUACAUAUCCAACAAGUUCAUCAUAUUCAUCCAGACAAGUUUUAAUUAUUUCCGAUAUAGAAAUACGGGAUCGUUUAAUAUCUUCAGAUAUAAACAAACUUCUUUAUCAUCCUUUUAAAAACAACAUACCGCAGAGAAACAAUGAAAAUAUGAUCACUGUGAAAGCGCUUAAUAUUCGAUCAAAUCAUAAUAAACAAAGAGCUGAAGAAUGCUCGUUGAAGGUUUCCAUUUUGCCAAUAAGACUUAACAUUGACCAAGACACUUUAUUGUUUUUGGAAGAAUUUUUUUCGUCCUUAAUUGAAAGGUCUAGAAAAAUUGACACAACAAGUAGCAAUGAUAUAGAUUUGGAUCGAGAUAUACCAGUUAUGGCCGUAAAAGGAAUAUCAAGCGUGGUAAAUGAAUUAAAAGAUAAUGGAAUAUUAGAUCGAGAUAUAACUGAUCGCAUUGAAGAAAAUACUUUAAAAUCGAAUGAGUCCGACGAAGAUUGUUCCUUAAAUGAUCCCAUUUACUUUAAAGAAUUUAUAUUUAGUCCUGCUUUGCCGAUAUGUUUUGACUAUCAUGGUCGACGAAUUGAGCUUUCCCGUGGUCCAAUAACGGGUUUAGUAAUGGGACUCGCACAGUUACAAGGAUCUGGUAUAAGUUUACGUGAAGUAAUAAAUAGGCGAGGACUCUUAGGCUGGAAUAAGUUGUUCGAAUUUUUGUGUAAAGAAUGGAUUAAAGAUAUUAAAAGGAACCAGCUCCCCAAUAUUUUAAGUGGGAUCGGACCUACGAAUGCCGUCCUUCAAUUAUUUCAAGGAUUCUUUGAUUUGUUCAGACUUCCAUUACAACAAUAUAACAAGGAUGGACGGAUUAUUCGAGGUUUUCAACUUGGUGCCCAAAGUUUUAGUGCUCGAACGGCAUUUGCUGCUCUGGAGAUUACGUCAAGAAUAAUUCACUUGCUUCAGUUUACCGCAGAAACCACGUUUGACAUGUUGUCUGCAGGACCAUCUUUAAACAGAAGAAGAAAAACCAAAAUUGGUAAAAAACGUCAAGGCCGACCAAAGGAUUUACGUGAAGGUGUCGCAAACGCUUAUACUAUCGUAAAAGAGGGUAUUAAUGAAUCUGCGAAUACACUCAUGGAGGCAGCAGUUGUGGAACAUGAUCAAAAGGGAUAUAGUGGUGCGGUUGGUGCUGUUGUUAGACAAAUACCUCAACUGGUUGUGUGCCCGGCUGUUCUGGCAACUCAAGCCACAACUAACAUUUUAGGGGGAGCUAAAAGUUCUCUUGUUCCAGAAGCCAAACGUGAGGCCAGAAACAAAUGGAAGCACGAGAAAAACUAAAUAUAUAAAAUUAAAAAAUGGUGCUUUUUUAUUCAAUAAAUAUAUAAUUUCUUUCCCUUUAUUUCUUAUGCACGUGAUGAAUAAAUUGUAUCGAAAAACGAUACAACGUUGAAAA